UUCGUCAACUGCUUAUAGAGGCACCUCCAGCUCCAGCUGCCAUUGAUGCGUCCGCUGCAGAGUCGACUAUCACUCUCCCUUUUUUUCUGUUAGUUUUGGGUUGAGCAGACCGGCGACAUCACCAUCUAACAGCUCUCCUCUCGUUUAGCUUCUGUCAGAGCAUCACACAGACCGCAGCCACGAUGACGGAGGCGGAGGCGUUGGAGAAGAAGCAGCAGCACAAGCCCAGGAAUGGAAAUGUUCUUCCAGAGGCCACCAGAGAAGAUGUGUUUGAUCACACAUACAAAGAGAAGGAGGGCCCCAAACCUCCCACGAUCAUCGUAUGGAAAAAUGUCCUCUUGAUGAUUGUGUUACAUUCAGGUGCCCUGUACGGCAUGUGCCUCGUCCCUUCAGCAGCUCCUUUGACCUUGCUUUGGACCUUUGUUUGUUUUUUGAUAAGUGCUUUAGGAGUUACUGCAGGAGCUCACCGCCUGUGGAGUCACAGAUCCUACAAGGCCACAUUACCUCUAAAGAUCUUUCUUGGUGUUGCCAACUCCAUGGCAUUUCAGAAUGAUAUCUUUGAAUGGGCUCGAGACCACAGGGUUCAUCACAAAUAUUCCGAGACAGAUGCCGACCCUCACAAUGCUGUCCGGGGCUUCUUCUUCGCUCACAUUGGCUGGCUUUUAGUGCGCAAACACCCUGACGUCAUUGAGAAAGGCCGCAAGCUGGAGCUCAGUGAUCUGCUGGCUGACAAAGUUGUAAUGUUUCAAAAAACGUAUUACAAGCCCUCUGUGCUGCUCAUGUGUUUCUUCAUCCCCAUGUUUGUGCCGUGGUACUUCUGGGGAGAGACUCUGUGGGUGGCAUACUUUGUCCCGGCUCUGAUGAGGUACACCAUGGUGCUGAACGCCACGUGGCUGGUCAACAGUGCGGCUCACAUGUGGGGAAACAGGCCCUAUGACAAGCACAUCAACCCCAGGGAGAACAAGUUUGUCACGCUCAGCGCUAUAGGAGAAGGAUAUCAUAAUUACCACCACACAUUCCCUUAUGACUAUGCGACCAGUGAGUUUGGGGUCAAGUUGAACCUUACCACUUGUUUCAUCGACUUCAUGUGCUACUUGGGUCUGGCCAAGGACUGCAAGAGAGUGUCCCGUGAGGUGAUCAUGGCCCGAACACAGCGCACUGGAGACGGGAGCCACCGGAGUGGCUAAGAUAAUCAAAGUGUGAUCAGCUUCAAGGCAAAGGAAUUCGAAAAGAAGACGCUUCACAGUCCUUUGACAGCUAUACAUUUCUCAUUCUCUGAGGAUAACAGUCCGCUUCAUGAGGGCCUUGACCACAUUUUGCUUGUUUUUGUGGUUUUUGUAGCUGUAACUUAAGAAAUUCUUUAAAGAUGGAUAAAAAAAACACAUAUUUUGCUAAGCUCUUGGCCUUGGUUUCUAUUGUUCAGUCAGGCUAAGGUCUUGCAAAGAUGUUUUAGAUUUUGAAGUAGAUUCAUUUUCAAAGUCAACUUCAUUCUCCGCUGUUUUGCCACUUUGGUGUGCAUUCUUCAUGCAAGGUCAUUCAUGUAGCCAAUCAUUUUUAUGUAAGUAUUACUCAAUUAUUAAUCAACAAGUGGAGUACUCAACUAUAGAGUGACAAUGUUUCAACUGAUACGGUCCAUUACUGAUUGGAGACUGUUGCCUUUUAUUGCUGAUUACAGCAAGAUUUUACAGUUCUGAUAUAAAUUAACUUUUUGAGCGCUCUAAUAUCUGGAGAAAAAAAAGUGAUUUGGCUUUAAGAAAAUAUGGCACAUAAUGGAGAUGUGAGGGAACCCAGACCAUCUUCCUUUGACCUGACUAUACUGACAGCCAGCAUGCCAAAACUGCAUGGAAACCCAGCCGUGCAGCUGCAUGUUUCUGUGCAUAACUUGGUUGUCUUCUGCAGAAAACCAAAUAUGUAGAAAGAGUAGAGUUUAACACAUAGAUUUAGUCUAUGUGAUGAUUGGAUCAAGCGUUCUCAGGACAAUAUAGGGGCACAUUUAUCAUUAAAUCAAAACUGCCAUUCAAGAUUAACACUAAAUGAUAAAUGUCAUUUUAACUUGGAGCAAUGCGAUGCUUUAAUUGGCUUUUUUGUGUUUUUAAUAGAUAUUUAGUGCCAAUUUUGUGACAUUUUUAUAACCAUCUCUACGGUCCACUAGAGCACACUAAGUCGAUAUUGCUUCAUGAUUGUGGAAGUUUUUUAACCUUGUGGUGUCUGCGCGGCUUCGCUUCCUCUCAAGACUUUAUGCAACACGUCCCUCUUUUGUCCUGAAACAUCUGCAGCAGAGACCACCGGUUGAUGUCAUUGGUCGACGCAGCAGUCAGUCACGCGACAGUCCUGGUGUUACAAAACAAAAACGAUGCACAGUGAUAUUACUGUAGGUGCCGUACUGAGGUGUUCUGUCGGCAGAACUGCAUCUAUUUUUGUAACAUGCUGCAGAGCUGCAAUCGCUUUUGGAUCACCAGAACUGUUGCCGUGGUGACUUGGUGGUGAGAUGGGGGUCUGGUUUCCCUUUGAUGUCCCACAAAGGCUGAUUGUCAUUGAAAAAUUUCAGGUGCAUCAAUGUUAAUGUCCAUCUUUGAGUCUGUUGUGCGGAAUGCUUAUAUUAUCUUAUUUAUGUAUUUAUUUUGUCUUUUUUUUUUCUUAUUGACAUAAAAUUAUUGCUCAAACCAGAACCAGUUUCUGCAUUCCACGAUUUGGUAAACAGUCUCAUAAAAUAUAUCAAAUUUGGGCACCUUUUUAUUUUUUUCCCUAAGAGUCAGGAUACUACCUAAUGCCUUAUGACUUGAAUCCAUUCCUGAUCUUCAUGUCCUGUCAGUUGAGAAAAAAAAGGCUCAAAAAUCAGAAAAUUAAUCAGAAAUCUGACCGAGGUCCAUGUUUACAGGCCGAAGCACCGGGUGGAACAUUGUUUUUAUUCUUAAACCAAACAAGCAUUUUAAGUUAGGCAUGACUUGGCAUAGCAAUGGCAACAUCAAGGUGCUGUAAAUGCAAAUAGAAGAUAGAUGUUCGCUCUGAAGAAUCAGAUACAAACGUCACGCCUGGAGCGAGGGUUCAAUCACGAGAUUUAACUUGCAAAAAUAUGAACCAAGUUGGAUGUGCCUACUAGUUUUAGCCCAUCGCAGCAUCUCCACGUUUAAAACUUCCAAACGAAAAAAGUGCCGUCACGAGGAAUGUUCUGAGCACUUACCAAACCUGAUGAUAUCACAAGCCAUGCAAACAACUCCUGCUGUUCAGAGCGCCAAAAUCAACAUUUUCCUAAUGACAAAGGAGGAUCAAAAGGUUGUCAGUCUGAAUGAUUAUGUCAAACUGUACUCUAUUCUGAAAUAAUAUUCACAAUAUUUUCAAUACACUCGUAAUUCCAUAAA